CUUUGUUUGAAAGUUUGGGAUAUCUAUUUCUAUAAAUUUAUGAGUGCCCUCCCUUACACCUAUUGCUAUAAAGGUGCCAGUAUAUAUAGUUUAGGCAUAAACACGGAGAAAGCAACAGAGGCAAGGAACUACAGAAGGUGAACUCAAGCUAGAGCAUAAUGUGGCUGUCCCUCCUUGUGUAUCAACUUGUCCUGAUUCUCCAGUCUGAAGCUCAGAAUGCUUGCCUCAUCAGCCCAACAUUUAGAGAGCCAGACAACUCUGAUAUCACAGUCGUGUGUGGCACAAACAGGAUGGAUCUGCAAAUUUUGCUGUGUCCCAUCUACUUCAUUGGAUAUAAUGAAUCCACAGUGGCUCUUAAUGGCCUGUUUGCCAAACCCGAGUGUAAAGGAACGGCUGACUGGACCGCCAAACCACCUGUACUGAAAUUCCAAUUUUACAUCACCGAAACGUCCAUAUCUGCUUGUUCUAACAAGCUGAUGAUCACUCAGGAGGUGGGAUCUGGGCUGUUCUCUGACUUCUCUAAUGUGCAGUCUGUGAAUAUCUCUGGGAUGGUCAACUCUCAGGACCCAAAUGCUGGAACAAUCACCUACCGGCAGGAUAUGAUAUACCUCUUCUCCUGUAGAUACCCACUGCAGUACUUGGUGAACAACACUGAGAUGAGUGUAUCUGGAGUGACUCUUGCAAUUAAAGACAAUAAUGGUAGUUUUAUCAGCACUCUCAGCAUGCAGCUAUUUGAAGACAUCACAUAUACAACUCGUCUCUAUGUACCCCCAACGGGUCUCCAGCUGAAGUCUAGGAUUUUUGUGGAAGUCCGAGCCACCAAUCUCACACAAAGGUUCAAUGUUCUGUUGGAUCGGUGCUAUGCAACCACUAGCCCAUAUCCAGUCAACAGCAUAUCCUUUGACCUGUUUGUUGGAUGUACUCAAGAUCCACAAACCAUAAUGGGUGUGAAUGGAGAACAACAGGUGGCACGCUACUCAUUUGAGGCUUUUCGCUUUGUAGAGCACAAGAACAGAACGGUGUCGACGUUUUACAUUCACUGUAACACCAGGCUCUGCGAGACCACUUUCUGUAAAUCCUUGCGCCAGAAUUGCACAAGUUCUCUAAGGAGGAGGAGAGACGUCCAAUCAGCUCAAGGAACCUCAGUGAGUGAUGUUGCGACGGUCACCUCUGGACCAAUCAUGACCAAAGUGGACAGUGGAGAACCAACUGCAACUGUUUCUGAAGUGUCUAAAAAUCUGAAACGGCAAGAGGCAAUAGUGGGCGUUUCCGUGGCAGCAGGGGUAUUCGGUCUGUUGUGCAUCGUCAUGCUGGCUAUGCUUGUCUACAGGAAGUCCAAUAUAGACAAAGCAUCCCUAUCCCAUCCUCCUCUUAGACGGUUUGCUAUCAUGUUAUGAGAACAAGUCACAGAAGAGAGGAUACUGAAAUUGAACAUAAAUGGAACCUAUAGACAAUUAGAUGAAAAUGAUCUUCAUAUAUCUAAAUAUUAUCAUGCACAAAGCAGACCACUUUUAAUUAAAAAACAAACAAACUGCUGAGUGGUUCAGAUUUUCUGUAUUUUUUUUUUUUGGUUUUUUUGCAUGCCCAUUCUAAUAUAUUAAUGGAAAUAAUGGUGAAUUUCUUCUGAAUUUUGGGUUUUCGGUGAGGAUGUUCUAGUUAAAAACAUUUUGCAAAUGGUACCUUUUCUGGUAUUUUGUGAAAAUACAAGCAGCACACACACACACAUCAAAAAAAUUAAGGGAACACGUAAUCAUCGCAGUAUAACACUUCGGGGAUAUCAAUCUGUCCUGUUUGGAAGCCCAAGCGAUUGUGAAUAAAUUUAAUCUGUGUUGGUGCAAAUUAAAGUGACAACAGGUGC